GGACCCAGUUUGCUUACGGAAACAAGCCCCGUAAGCCCUUUCUGCCCACCCGGUAAACUUGUUGGGCUAUACCCACCCGACAACCCGACUUAUUUAGAUCCAUAUAAUUGCUGAUCCUGGUGGUUUCUGUCGUUCACACCUCUAUCUGUAAAAGUCGAAUAUCUCAUCCUUAGUGCACGAGAAAAUGGGCGGAGGAGGAGAGCACCACCACGUAGAUGGGGCCCACGGCCACGGAGGAGACUUUCGGGCAAAGGUGUGGAGUAUGUCGGGUGGGCCUUACUGUCGUCCAAAGCACUGGAAACGCAAUACUGCUUUUGCCAUGUUCGGCAUCGUCCUUGUAUGCAUUCCAAUCGCCAUGAAAUCUGCCGAGCUCGAGCGACGACCACAUCUUCCUGUUCGCCCCAUUCCCUCUCAGCUCUGGUGCAAGAAUUUUGGGGACAAGGAUUAUUGACAUCACUUUUAGUGAAGCAACUUCAACAGUUAGCUGUCAAGCUGAGAACCACCCACCAUUGUCUUGGGUAUCAAUAUUUUAUAUGCGUGCCCUGUUUGAUUGAAUAAGAAACAACUUGGUUUGCUUCAUUUGUAGGUUUUUAAAUUUAUGAUAGAUAAUGUUGCUGAUUCCUGUGUAGUGCUACAUCGAAAUAGUGAGUUCUACAAGUUUAAAUUGCGAGUAAGUCGUGCUUCAGCACACCUUUUGUAUUGUCACAUUGCAGUUUCUGAGUACUGUUCCCAAAGUGAAGUUGAUAGUUAAUGAAAUGUUGGGUUUUGAGUUUUAA